AUGGCACAAAUUAGGCUUUCUUUCAUACUUCUUCUUUUCAUCUCGUCGGUCGCCUGGGCAAAACAUCCGGCCGUUCGCGGACGCUCACGUGCUAGGGCAUUCGUUGAAUUCCAGUGUCAAGCCACGCUCUAUCCCGACCUAUGUGUCCGUUGUCUAUCCUACUAUCUCUCUAAUUUUACGAAAACACAAACUCACGAGCAAUUAGUCAAUAUCGCACUUAGGGUUAGCCUUUCCCGGGCUCAAUCCACACGAGCCUACGUAACAGACGUGGCUAAGCAACUCAAACAAACAAAGGCUAAGGACUACCAAGCAGUGAAGGAUUGCUUAGAUCAGAUUAAUGAUGGGGUGGAUCAGCUCACAAAUUGUAUCAAAGAAGUAGAGGAGAUAAAAGAAAAUGGUGGAAGUGAGUUUCCUUGGCAUGCAAGCAAUGUUGAGACAUGGAUGAGCACUGUCCAAUCUGAUGCAAGUAUUUGUAUCAACGGGUUCUCCAGCCGGGCUAUCGGGGGCAAGACGAAAGCCAUGAUCAAGGCUAAGGUGAUUAAUCUUGAACAGGUUACAAGCAUUUCUCUAGCUUUAUUCAACAGAUAUGCUGCAAGAUACAGAGCCCCUCAUGCAACAGGGCCAAAAGCUUAG